AUGGAGGAGUGUCCUCCCGUUCUGCCUCCUAAUGCUCCUCGAAAUGUUCGGGAAGCAUAUGAGCGUUGGACAAGGGAAAACGAAAAGGCCCAAGCAUAUAUUUUGGCAAGCCUUAACGAAGUCUUGGCAAAGAAUCAUGAGCCCAUGCUCACAGCCCGUGAGAUCAUGGAGUCGCUGAGGGGAAUGCUCGGACAAUCGUCUGCACAGCUCAGGCAUGAUGCUCUCAACACCAAAAAGUGGAUGAAGAAAAAGGGUGGAAAGAGAAAGGCUGCUAACCCAGUAGUUACUGCACCAAGGGGUGGACAACCCGUCAAGGCUGACAAAGAAAAAUGUUUUCAUUGCAAUCGAGAUGGGCACUGGAAAAGGAACUACCCCAGAUAUUUAGCAUAA